UUUUGCGUCUUUCUUGUAUUUUACCAAAGUUGGGUUUAUAUGUAAUUUUUACAAAAUGGCGUCGACCGAGACCAAUUCCACGGAAAUAGAGACGAAAACUUACUCUGGAAUUCCUAAAGCUGACUUCUUGGAGGAUGUGGAUAGUUACAUGAAAAGAUCAGAAGAAACUGCUGAGUCAGCACUGAAGAAGCUUGAUGAACAGCACAAUAAAUACAAGUUUAUGGAAUAUAACCUAAAUACAAAGAAAGCCAGAUUGAAGGCCCAGAUACCAGAUAUAAAGAAAACUUUGGACAUAAUUGCACACUUGCAGACCAGAAAGAAUUCCAGUGAACCGAUGGAGACUAGGUUUUUAUUGUCUGAUCAGGUUUAUGCUAAAGCUAGAGUUCCACCAACAGAUAAAGUUUGUUUAUGGCUUGGGGCCAAUGUAAUGUUAGAGUAUAACUUAGAUGAUGCUGAAACAUUACUAAAGAAAAAUCAGGAAGUGGCAACUAAAAGUUUAAAACAAGUAGAGGAUGAACUUAGUUAUAUAACAGAGCAAACUACUACUUUAGAAGUUAAUAUGGCUCGUGUAUAUAAUUGGGACGUUAAACGUCAGCAAGCUGUACGGGCCUCAAAAUCAUCAUAGCAGAAUAUUAACUACACCCAUCAGGUUGUACAUAGCAUUUGAACAACUUACCCAUCAUGAAUGGAUUUCCAUAGACUUUGAUGGACUACAAACAAUCUGGAUCCAGAAUUACUCCGAUCAUUUUCAGUCAGUAGCAGAGCUGAACUGUGUUCCUGUGUUUCAUAUGAUAAGCUCUGCUUGUUGGUACUCGAUUAUGUGUGUUUGUGACGCCUGCUAUGACAGUAUUGCUUUAUAUCAAUGAUAAUACAGCGUGUGCUUUACAUAAUUAUUUUAUUAUAAGAUCAAUCAUGGAUUUCAUUUAGAGAUGAAGGAUUCGGUUAAGUUUCUCAGUUCUGCUGCUUAUUUUAGCCUAAAUUCAUGCAAUGUUGGCUGGUUGUGUUAUAGGGUUCAAAUCAAAAUAUGUCUGUUAAAAUGUACUUUCUCCAUACUUUGUUUUCAUUGCAAAUACAGGUAAUGACAAAUUUGUCAAAAUAGACACAAUAACACCUUUUUUUUUAUCCUGUUGACCCAAGGCAAAGGAUGGAAUAUACUUGUCCUUUCAUUGUGAUACCGAUACAUAUAAGAAACAGAACAAUUUUAUUGAUGGUGUUAACUUUUCUUUGUAAUUUAGUAGUUCCUACUUGAACCCUUUUAUACAUUUUAUUAUAAAAAAGAACUUUGAUGUAUAGCAUAAUGAAAUAAAUAUUGGUGACAAGAUUAUCUAAGAACAAAUUCCAACUUUAUACUUUAUGUUCCGAUUCAAUGUUUCACUUUAAACAUGUAAAUGAUAAUAUAUUGUUGGAUAUUUUUUAAAUGACAAGGUUAUUAUUUUUGCUCAGUGGAAGAUACAAUUUUCCUGUUCAAUGUGCUAGAAUUCUUAAGGUGAUUAAACUCUCAAUUAUAAA